AAUGAGAAGAGAAAUUCCAUAAUAUUGGUGUCUUAAGUUUGGACGGAAAUAAAGAGCAGCAAAAAAGUUAGGGAAGGAAACCUUUGUUUUCUUCAAUAAUUAUAGAAAAUAAUUUCUUUUAUUGAUUUAGAUAUUAAAUAAGCAAAGAUAUGCAUGCUCAUUACGUGUCUAUAAAUAAAAACACGUUUGUACAUAGCAUCUACUAUAAACGUUCCUUUUGCUUCCCCGAUUCUUCGAAACACUUAUUGAUAUCUUCAGACACAACAAAUUAAUUACAGAGACAGUUACAGAGGAAAAAGAUCUAUGACGGAAACUGGUGAUGAUCUUGCUACGGUGAAGAAGCCAAUCCCAUUUCUCGUUAUCUUCAAAGAUUUAAGACAUGUAUUCAGUAGGGACACAACUGGGCGAGAGAUUCUAGGCAUCGCGUUUCCAGCAGCUUUGGCUUUAGCUGCUGAUCCAAUCGCUUCUCUGAUUGAUACCGCUUUUGUCGGGCGUUUAGGAGCGGUUCAGCUAGCGGCGGUUGGAGUUUCCAUUGCCAUAUUCAAUCAAGCUUCUAGAAUUACGAUAUUCCCACUUGUGAGCCUCACAACUUCAUUUGUGGCAGAGGAAGACACGAUGGAGAAGAUGAAAGAAGAAGCAAACAAAGCCAAUCUUGUUCAUGCAGAAACUAUACUUGUUCAAGAUUCUUUGGAAAAGGGCAUUUCUUCACCUACAAGUAACGAUACCAACCAGCCACAGCAACCUCCAGCUCCGGAUACAAAGUCAAAUAGCGGAAACAAAUCGAAUAAAAAGGAGAAGAGGACCAUUAGAACAGCAUCAACAGCUAUGAUCUUGGGGUUAAUCCUUGGCCUUGUGCAAGCUAUUUUCUUGAUUUUCAGUUCAAAGUUGCUUCUAGGCGUCAUGGGAGUGAAACCAAAUUCACCAAUGUUAUCACCAGCACACAAGUACUUGAGCAUACGAGCUUUGGGGGCUCCUGCAUUGCUUCUAUCUCUUGCUAUGCAAGGCAUCUUUCGUGGAUUCAAGGACACCAAAACUCCUCUCUUUGCCACUGUCGUAGCAGAUGUUAUCAACAUAGUUCUCGACCCCAUCUUCAUUUUUGUGCUUCGUCUAGGGAUCAUCGGUGCAGCCAUUGCCCAUGUCAUUUCUCAGUACUUCAUGACUCUAAUAUUGUUCGUCUUCCUCGCAAAGAAAGUUAAUUUGAUUCCACCAAACUUCGGGGAUUUGCAGUUUGGAAGGUUCCUUAAAAAUGGGCUACUAUUGCUGGCGAGGACCAUAGCAGUGACGUUUUGUCAGACCUUAGCAGCAGCAAUGGCGGCGCGGCUGGGUACAACACCAAUGGCUGCUUUUCAGAUUUGUUUACAAGUAUGGUUAACUUCUUCUCUUCUCAAUGAUGGUCUUGCCGUUGCUGGUCAGGCGAUUCUGGCUUGUUCGUUUGCUGAGAAGGACUAUAACAAAGUGACUGCUGUUGCAUCCCGUGUUCUACAGAUGGGUUUUGUGUUAGGACUUGGACUGUCCGUUUUUGUUGGACUAGGUCUCUACUUUGGUGCCGGAGUUUUCUCCAAGGACCCUGCUGUUAUUCACCUCAUGGCCAUCGGAAUACCGUUUAUAGCAGCAACGCAGCCAAUAAACUCUCUCGCCUUUGUAUUGGAUGGAGUCAAUUUUGGAGCAUCUGAUUUUGCUUACACUGCAUACUCCAUGGUGGGAGUGGCGGCCAUAAGCAUUGCAGCAGUAAUAUAUAUGGCAAAGACCAAUGGUUUCAUAGGAAUAUGGAUAGCUCUUACAAUCUAUAUGGCUCUCCGGGCUAUUACUGGAAUUGCCAGGAUGGCGACAGGAACUGGACCGUGGAGGUUCUUGCGUGGACGAUCAUCCUCUUCAUCUUCCUAGGACUUAGUUUAUUUAUAACGAGUUGCAUCUCUUCUUCCUUCUUCGUUUUUGUUUAUGGUUCUUGUGUUUGUUUUUCAACAUUUUGUUCGAGAGACCGUUAUCAUAUUAUCAGUUUCACAUAAAUAAUGCAUAUUUUUAAGUCAUUAAAAUAUGGAGCCCUCUGCCCUCACUGGCUUUUCUACCCAAAUAGAAUAUUCUGUAUGAGUAUGUUUCAGCUAGACUAGAUGGUUCAAAGAUAUCCGGUGUCCAAGUGUCGAUUUGGUGUUGGUUAAAAAAAAUGUAAGAAAAAAAAGCUGGAUCUUAUCCUUUUACUAAAGAAAAUCUGACCACAGUUAUUUCCUUAGUUAAGAGCCAAAAUUAGGCUCAGAUUUUAAUUAAUUGAACCAUUAGAUUUGUU